UACAAUUGCCGCCGUCCUCUCGGGGAGGGGGCCAGCGAGAGAUUGUGAAAAGACAGGCUACUGGUACUACUAGAAGUGUCGGACCUGAACAUGAUCAAAAAUAGCUCAAACUUCGCAUCAUAGCAUACGCAUUAGCCUGAUUUAAUCGCGCUUCUUUGGCCCGUCCUACAUUGCCGCGCAGGGAGGAGCCUACCAUGCCAUGUUGGUCUCUCCCGGCCCGGACCGUCUUUACUUAUAUUUACAGCACGUGUUCAGUGACGUCAGGCCUCUAAUCUGCCUUUACUGCUCUGAGCUGAGGUAACGUUACUUGUACUCUGUUGAGGUACAAAGUCCGCGGUGGGCUCAACAGACAUAGGAAACGUACCAUACGGUCACCACUACCCGUUUCAAGUCAUAUCGCCGUCACAAAAGAUCACAGUCUGACGAUGGCCAAAGACCUGACUUACGUGGUUACGGGUGGAUAUGGAUUUGUUGGGGUCCAAAUUGUGAAGAUGUUAGCGGAGAGGGGAACCAAUAUCAGGGAAAUCCGAGUCGUCGGCAGGAACCCGCAAAACUUUCAGCCCCUCGACUUGGGAGAUAAAGAAAUCAACAUCCAUGCCGUGGCUGGGGACGUACGGGACCCAGUGCGCAUGUCAGAAAUCUGCACCGACGCCGAUGUCGUGAUCCAUACGGCGGCAGUGGUCGAUUUUCUGGGAUCGAUGAGUGACGACAUCCAAUUUGAUAUCAAUCUGAACGGGACGGAAAAUCUCCUGCAAUGUUGUGUGAAUGCAGACGUUCCGUGUUUCGUAUACACCAGCAGCACGGCGGUCAUUGGUCCAAACUCUCGCGGUGAUCCGAUAGAGAAUGGAGACGAGAACACUCCUUACGACACCUCAAGUCCACUCAUGACGUACAACAGGACCAAGGCUGCUGCCGAGAAGGCCGUCGUCCGGGCGGACGGACGCAAAACAAAACACGGGAAAACGCUCCACACGUGCAUUCUGCGGCUUGGCGGACUGUUUGGUGAGGGUGAAAUGCCUGUAAUCAAACACUGUCUGGACAACGGGAUCGACCUCUUCGCCAAGUCGCAACCACGAGUGGGUAGGAAAGCCACCAAAGCACGCCUCACCUACACAGGGAACGUGGCCUGGGCUCAUCUUCUGGCCGCACAGAAGCUUCUGCAGUCACCAGAAACCAUCGGCGGCGAGGUUUUCUUCGUUGCUGACGAUACUCCUGUUCAGAGCGAUUCCUGUACUCACAACGCCAUCUUCAAUCCUUGCAGAAUCCGCUGGGACGACAACCUCGUGCUCCCUCUCUGGCUCCUCUAUUUCAUCGCUUUCUCCUUAAAGUGUCUAAGCAUUCUCAUGAAGCCUUUCUACAACUUUGUUCCGCCUCUAAAUCGAGAGAUUCUGAUACUUGUCAACACUAAUUUCUACUUCAGCUACAAGAAAGCCACCAGGCUUCUUGGCUACAAGCCGCUAUUCACAUGGGAAGAGGCCAGGGAGAGGACUGCCGCAUGGUUCGUGGACUGGAAGGCCAAAGGCGCCACGUUUUCAAAGUGAUAUCGAUCUAAUUCAGUGAUAGGUGCAACAAUAACAGGUUCAGCACACUGCAUACAACAAUAAAAUGGUUCAAAAUUGA